AUGUCUGUACGACAUCUCUUCCGGCGGUCCCUUUUAUUCUGCCAACAACCGUUGAGGCCACCCUCAAUAGUAUUCCGGGCAAUCCCAGCUUUCCCGCUCGCCAACAAUUCACUCUUACCCAUCCCCCGCCGCCGCACACUGGUCGAUCUCGCCCACUGCCCCCGCGACGAGGACAUCCUAAAGAUAAGUCCGCAAAUCCAGUUGAUCGAUGCCGAUGGUCAAUUCAAAGGGGUGCAAGCCCUGGAAAGUGUGCUUAGGUCCUAUGACCGGGAUAUAUACCACCUCGUGUGCAUCAACCCAGUUGCCGAGAACCCGAUCUGCAAGAUCAUCAUGAAGCAGACCCUGGUGGAGGCCUCAUAUAUGAUGGACAAGAAGAAAAAGACGGUCACUAAAGACCCCAGUAAGAUUGUCAAGGUAGUGGAGAUAUCAUGGGCCACUGCGGAAAAUGAUCUGGGACACAAGAUCAAGAAGAUGGUUGAGUUUAUGCAGAGGGGGAACAGGGUUGAAGUGGUGCUCGGAAUCAAAAAAGGCAUGGCGAAGCAGCCGCUAGGAAAGAUGGCUGAGCUGCUUACCCGAAUCAGGGCAGAAGCAGAGCCGUAUGGGAGGGAGUGGAAGGCACCCGAUGGUGCCGUCGGAAUGCAGUAUAUAAUAUACUUCGAAGGACAUAGACCGAAGGAGGAGCCGAAGCCAGUGGAGGAGCCAAUGGGUCCUAUAAAGAUGAAAGCAAAGUUUGCAAAGAUCAACGAGGAACGAAGGCUGAGAUACGAAAAGUGA